CUUGAAUAACAAACUAGAGAGAGUUACACAGUAUUUGCUUACGCUAAUGUCAACAGACUGAAACUUUGGAGCAUUUCAUUAGGCAUUAGACUACAUUAGAGUGCUAUUGGGCUAGAGUUUUAAGUGCUUAAGUAGAAAUCUAAUCUAGUUAGCUUAGUCUACAUAAUAUCUAAUCAAGGAAGAUGGCUUUUCCAAGAGCCAGAAUCAAAAGAUUCAAUGAAACAAAUGAUAAUAUUCCUGGAGUCGGCAGUUACAAUCUGUUAGGUGAUCACCAUGGUCCUAUUAAAGACUUAGACCUCAACAGAACAAGAUCCCUUAACAGAUUAGAUCAAAGUGGAAGGACAUAUAAAGACAUAGGGUACAGACUAACAGACAACAAUGAAUUGCCUGGACACAUAGAGUCCUUGCACAUGAAACUAAAAGAAGCGCAAGACCAAAUCAAAAGCUUGGACAUUCUUCUCACGGGGGCCAACAAACAAAAGGAUAUAUUGGAAAAAGAAUAUAAAGUCUUGGAACAGAAGUUGUCUUCAUGUAACAAAAAUCUGAAAGAGCUAGAAAGUGAAAAGAACAAAUUAAACAAAGCCAUUUCAGAAUUGCAGAAGGAAAAUACAGAUUUGGAAAGCAAAAGAGCCAGCGCUGAACAUGAGAGCCAUGCUAUUUCUGCUCUGCUGGAAAAGGAAAAGAACAUUGUAAAGAAUCUACAGAAAGAAUGCUCGUCACUUCAGUCUUAUGUCUGUAAACUUCAGAAUGAGGUGAAAGAACUAGAAUCAGAGAAAAUCAAAUUAACAAAAAACAUUUCAAAGUUAGAAAACACUAAAGCUAAUUUGGAGAAAGAUAGGGAUGCCAUCUCUUCUUGUUUGAAUGAGGAAAAAGAAAGGUAUAAGAAAGAAUGUGCCACUUUAAUGUCAACAAUAACACAGUUGCAAAGGGAGGGAAAAGUCUAUGAAGAGGAAAAAAAUAAAAUGGACAAAACAAUCCAAGAGCUAGUGACAAUGAAUGCCAGUCUAGAGAAAACUAAAGAUAUCAUUGCUACUCAGCUUGAAGCCGAGAGAGACAAGUCACAGAAAGAGUUAAAAUCAUCCAUAUCAGUAUUACUAGAGGAAUCAGAGGCAGAGAAAGUCAAGUUAAGCAAUAGAAUAACAGAGUUACAGAAAGAGACAUUAGAAUUGGGAAAGAAAUUAGAAAAUACUGAACAAGAGUUUCAAUCUGUUUCAUCCCAACUUUUGGAAGAAAAGAGUUCAGUCAGCACUAUCAAAGAAGAAUGCUCAGCAAUGAAUUUUACCAUUUUAAAAAUGGAGAAUGAAAUAGCAGAUUUGAGAACUGAAAAAAUUAAUUUAGUCCGAGCUUUAUCAGAGUUAGAAAACGUUAGAGCUAGUCUUGAGAAAGACAAAAAUGCCCUCUCUUCAUGCAUAGAGGAGGAAAGAGAAAAGUCAAAAAAAGAAUGUUCAGUUUUAAUGUCAUUAAUAACAGAACUAAAACAGGAACAUGAACAUUUUCACUCGGAAGUGGUUCAAUUAAAAAUAACAAUUAAUGAGCUAGAGAAACAAAAUGCUAGCUUAGAGAAUGAUAAGAAAGCAAUUUCUUCCCAAUGGGAAUUCGAAAGAGAUAAAGCACAGAUUGCACUUGAAGAAUCAGAGGCAGAGAAAGAGAAAUUGAAUGCUAUGAUAUCAGAGGUACAGAAAGUGUCAUUGGAGUUGGAAAAGAAAUUAGAAGAUUCAGUACAAAAGUGUCAAGCGAUUUCUUCUGAACUGAAGGAAGAAAAGAUCUCAGUCAGCACUUUCAAAGAGGAGUACUCAUUGAUGAAGUUAGCUGUUUCAUCAAUGGAAACUGAAUUAGCAGAUCUAAAAGCUGAAAGAACAACUUUAGUUCAGACUAUGACAGAAUUAGAAAAUGCUAGAAUCUGCCUUUCUUCUUGCCUUGAUGAGGAGAGAGACAAGUCAAAGAAAGACUUAUCCAUUUUGAUGUCAUCGGUUGUAGAGCUAAAAAAUGAUAUUGAAUAUUUUCAAGUGGAAAAAAAUCAUUUAAAUGAAACCAUCAAUGAGUUAAAGAUGAAAAACACUGGGUUAGAAGAAGAUAGAAAAGCCUUGUCUUGCCAACUGGAAGAUGAAAAAGAAAAGGCAGAGAGACAUCAAGCAGAGUUAUUGAAAGAAAAAGUCAGACUAAAUGAUAUUAUUGCUGUUUUGCAGACAGAAUCUUUAGCAUUGAAAAAUGAAUUAACUAAUUCCGUUCAAGAAUGUCAAGUUCUUUCAAUGCAACUGAAUGAAGAAAAUGUGAAAUGUUUAGAAAUGAAGUCAACUAUCUCAAGAUUGAAUGAAGAAGUUAGGUAUUUGGAAAAUACAAAAGCUAGCCUGGAAAAGGAGAAGGAUAGCAUCUCUUCCAGUUUGAUGGAGGAGCAAGAAAAGUUUCAUAAAGAAUGUUCAGUACUGACAUCUUCAAUCUUAGAAUUACAGACCACAUUAACAAACUAUGAAGACAAGAACAAUGUCUUGAAUAAAACCAUACUAGAACUGCAAUCUAAAAAUGCUCAUUUAGAAAAUGAUAUGAAUAUCAUUUCUUCCCAGCUAGUUGCUGAGAGAGUCAAGUCAGCAAAAGAGAAUUUUGAGCUUAAGUCAACCAUAUCUGCAUUGCAAGAAGAAUUUCUGAUAGAGAAAGACCAGUUGAAAAUUACCAUAUCUGCAUUGCAAGAAGAAUCUCAAACAGAAAAAGACCAAUUGAAAAUGACCAUAUCAGAAUUACAGAAAGACACCAUAGAAUUAAAAGAGAAAUUAGAUUGCACUAAGCAAGAGUGUCAAACUGUUUUGUCUCAACUGCAUAAAGAAAGGGAGUCUCUAAACCCAUACCAAUUAGAAAACUCAGAGAUGAAAUCAACUAUUUUGAAUAAAGAGAAAGAAAUAGCAGAUUUGAAAGAUGAAGUUAGAAAUCUAGCUAAUACUUUAGUGGAAUCGGAAUACAUUAGAAACGACCUUGAGAAAGGCAAAAAUAUCCUCUCUUCUUGCUUAGCUGAUGAAAGGGAACAAUUCAAGAAAGAAUGCUCCGUUUUGAUCUCAUCAGUAGCAGAGCUGACGCAGAAGCUUGAGCACUUUGAGAAUGAGAGAAGUAACUUGAAUCAAACAAUACAGGAGCUCAAGACUAUGAUUGUCCAUUUGGAAAAAGACAAGGAAGUUUUGUCAUCACAGCUGGAAGAAAACUGGAAAUUAAAAUUUGAAGAGCUAGAAAGAAAAAUUGAGCCUUUCAGAGAAGCCUUGGAUAAUUUUGAAAUGGAAAAAAAAUUCUUGUUGGAAAGAGACAAAUAUACAAGUGAGCAAAUGGAAAAGCUGACCAAAGAAGCCAUUAAAAACAUGGGUCAUCAAAACCAUCGCCAGAAAGUCAAAUAUGUGGAGACUUUGAAAAAGGAAAAUUUAGCUUUGCACCAGAAGUUUAAAGACACACAGGUUGAAUUACAAAGACAGCUGACUCUGACCAAGAAGUACAAAGAUAAACUUGAUAGAUUGGAAGGUUCCAAAGUGACACAGACACCUGGCAAACCAAGAAUUCCUUUAAAAGAGAACAAUUUGGAAGCCUGAUGUUAAAAGGAAAAGGAUUUUAUUUUUGUAAAUAAAUGUAUUCAUCUUUAUGCUCAGUAAUUUAAGAUAGCAUUUAUUCAUGUUCCAGUUGUUGGGAUUUUCAAACAUGAUAUAUUUAAAUAAAUGAUAUUAUUUAUACCUCAAGAUAUACUAAAGUCAAGAAAUAGAUUGUUCUAUGUAACCUUGUUUUAAGAAUGAAAAAAACUAUGCACACUUAUUAAUAUACAGUUGUUAAUGUUUUGUACGCCAACUUCUUACACAAAUCUUGUUUAGGUGUGUUUUUUAUGUUUGUUUUAAGGAAAAGUUUUAGAAAUUGAAUGUAUGAUGUGGACAAGAUUCAAUUUAAUGUUUAAUAAAAAAAAAUAUUUAUCUUA